AGAUAACUCUGAGUGGCGUGCGACGAAAGAACGCUUCGCACCGAUUUCAGUCCUGAUACACUUAAUUCAUCAUGGAUGCUGAAUCUGAUGAAGUUAAGAAAUAUGUGGACAAGGUUUUCGCGGAGGAUCCUGAGAGGUUUGCAAAAUUUGAAGAAGACAUCAGAAGGAAGAUGGACCUAUGUAAGGGACAGGAGGAGAAGAUAGCAGCAUUGCCGAUGGAAGACACAAUCUGGUUUAUUAAAGAAAUGGAAACAGUAAACCAAGACGAUGGGAUUACAUACCGCUAUCUGUGCAUGGUGGAUCGGGCUGGGAUGGGAGUUGGUGUGACCCACACUGACAUGUCCAUCUGCUCCAUGGCACAGCACAGCUAUGACCUCCUCUGUUUCUGCACACUGUUUCCUAUGAUGAGACAAGCUCGACGACCUAGGAUGGUAACAUACAUGGACAAAACUCUGGCAAAGGACAAUGCUUUGGAUCUCAAGAGACUUGGUAUUAAAUUUGUGUCUCCUGGCCUGAGUGCUGAACCUUUGAGGGACCUUGAGAGCCCCUGGAUGAGAGAGUGCAGUAUCUGCAGGAGGAGAGGCACAGCAGACCUCUUCAAGACGUGUUCGUCCUGCCAGGCAGUGAUCUACUGCAGUCGAGAGUGUCAGAAGAAAGGCUGGUCCCUGCAGGGCGAUAUGAAGGAACACAGUCAUAAAGUGUGGUGUGGCAAGAUGAAACACUUCAUGUCGAAGACAGCAGAACUGACCCGACUGCCCUUCACCUUCGCACCAGAGACAACGGCAUUUGAGUUCAACAUUCUGCGUUGUGAAAAGUUCUUGGUGGAGAGGGGUGUGUACAACCAGGGCCUGUGGCGGAGAGAAUGUACAACAUGGGUCACCCAGGGGCACUUCAUACCAUUUGGUGAGCUGCCCCCCUGUGAUGACCCCGUGGUUCUACCUGUGGAGAGCUGUAUGCUGGACGACCCUCCUGCCAGCAAAGCAUCUGACCCAUCACAGCCAAUCUCUGACUGGGAAUCAUACUACAAGUGGCGAGGACUCCGGCUGGACUCACCAGUAGCUGUUCUGCUCAGCUUCCCUCUCACCCUGUAUCAUAUACUGACAACAUGUCUUCCUAGAGACUAUCCGGGUAUGAAGGUGUGUGCAGGAAGACAGUAUGUCAUCGACCUAGUGGGUGUGGAGAAGGAAGUCGAGAUGCUGCCAAUAUUUAAGGAGUUUGGCCGCUUGCUACCAGAUAUCAAGUUUGAGAUCAACAUGGUUGGAACAGAAAUUUCAAAGCAUGUGGAUAAGAAAACUUACAAAGAAGAAAACGUGUCAGUUACAAUACACCGAUCACUCUACCACAAGUACACAGGGCCACAUCCACAUCUAGUGCUAGGUUUUAAUGCUGGCGUGGGGGCAUACAUGACCUGGGCAGCUUCUCUCAAGAAAAUGAAGGUGAACAAUAUGGCUGCCUACUUCACUGACUACUGUCAGUACAGCUGUGACUGUGCUCGCCUCGCCAGAGGGGUGAUGCUCGGAACAUGCACCUCACCCGAGAUUAACCCGUUUCGCAGUCCAUUCCGCAAGGUGUGUGAAGAGAACAACAUGCCAUGGUACAGCAAUGGCUUCAUCUUCAGACUGGUGUAUGGUAACCUCUAGCUCCAUGACGAUGGGCUGGAUUGGUGUAUCACUGGGUCAAUCUACAGACUGGUGUAUGGUAACCUCUAGCUCCAUGACGAUGGGCUGGACUGGUAUAUCACUGGAUCCAUCUACAGACUGGUGUAUGUGGUCUUUUAGCUCCAUGAUGAUGGGCUGGACUGGUGUAUCACUGGAUCCAUCUACAGACUGGUGUAUGAGGUCUUUUAGCUCCAUGACGAUGGGCUGGACUGGUGUAUCACUGGAUCCAUGUACAGACUGGUGUAUGAGGUCUUUUAGCUCCAUGAUGAUGGGCUGGACUGGUAUAUCACUGGAUCCAUCUACAGACUGGUGUAUGAGGUCUUCUAGCUCCAUGACGAUCGUCUGGACUGGUGUAUCACUGGGUCAAUCUACAGACUGGUGUAUGAGGUCUUCUAGCUCCAUGAUGAUGGGCUGAACUGGUAUAUCACUGGAUCCAUCUACAGACUGGUGUAUGUGGUCUUUUAGCUCCAUGACGAUGGGCUGGACUGGUAUAUCACUGGAUCCAUCUGCAUACUGGUGUAUGUGGUCUUCUAGCUCCAUGACGAUCGUCUGGACUGGUAUAUCACUGGAUCCAUCUACAGACUGGUGUAUGAGGUCUUCUAGCUCUGCGAUGAUGGGCUGGACUGGUGUAUCACUGGAUCCAUCUGCAUACUGGUGUAUGUGGUCUUCUAGCUCUGCGAUGAUGGGUUGGACUCAUGUAUCAUUUGGAUUCAUUUACAGACUGGUAUAUGAAGUUUUCUAGCUCCGUGAUGAGUUAGGUUGAAAGAUGCAAAUAUGUGACUAGGUGUAGUGGAUGACAACCCAUUGUCAACAGUAACCAACCUAAUUUGUGUUUGGUAAUGUAAGAAUGUGUGUGUGUUUGAUUUGAAGAAUGGAAGUACCAACUACCUAUUGUGUAUUUUGUUUAACAAUAAACAGUUUACAUUAA